CCUGACGUCAUCACUGCUGGCCCUGGGAUUGUGGUUACUUCCAGCUCUGAGAGAGGAGACCAACAUGGAGGCGGACGGGUCGUAUGAGCCGGGGUUUGUGGGGAUUCGCUUCUGUCAGGAAUGGUGAGGAGGGAGUCCACACUCAGGGAAGGGUUAAUAUUACCUCUCUCUCUCUCCAUGGGUUAUAAUAUACCUGGCUUAGCAUUCUGGGAAAUGUAGUCCCUUUAAUUAUCCUGCACUCUGUAUCAGCCUGUGCACAAUGUGACUGUUUUGGCUUAGUCUGGAAAGGCAUUGUGGGAAUUGUAGUCCUAUAGCCAGUUUAAAGUCUUGCCUUUGCCCUCUCCUGAUGCUGCAAGGACCCCCAGAUUAUUGAGUUUUACUCCAUCUAUAAAGUACUGUAAUUUAUUCAGAACAUUCACUUACCUUGGGCGAGUCUCCUGAGUUAUCAAGACUGGGUACGUACUGUGUGUGGUCCUUCUACUGAAAGCUAAUAAUAUUUAUUAAUGCAAUCUCAAUAAAACAUUUUGUUAGAGUAAUGACAAUAAUCUUGCGAGGUACGUUGCAAUCCCCACCCCUUUUUUGUAAUCAGACACACGCACACGCACACACUCCCUGACAGUCACACACGCACACUGAUAGUCACACUCACACUCCCUGACAGUCACACACGCACACUGAUAGUCACACUCACACUCCCUGACAGUCACACACGCACGCUGAUAGUCACACUCACACUCCCUGACAGUCACACACGCACGCUGAUAGUCACACUCACACUCCCUGACAGUCACACACGCACGCUGAUAGUCACACUCACACUCCCUGACAGUCACACACGCACGCUGAUAGUCACACUCACACUCCCUGACAGUCACACACGCACGCUGAUAGUCACACUCACACUCCCUGACAGUCACACACGCACACUGAUAGUCACACUCACACUCCCUGACAGUCACACACGCACGCUGAUAGUCACACUCACACUCCCUGACAGUCACACACGCACACUGAUAGUCACACUCACACUCCCUGACAGUCACACACGCACGCUGAUAGUCACACUCACACUCCCUGACAGUCACACACGCACACUGAUAGUCACACUCACACUCCCUGACAGUCACACACGCACACUGAUAGUCACACUCACACUCCCUGACAGUCACACACGCACACUGAUAGUCACACUCACACUCCCUGACAGUCACACACGCACGCUGAUAGUCACACUCACACUCCCUGACAGUCACACACGCACGCUGAUAGUCACACUCACACUCCCUGACAGUCACACACGCACACUGAUAGUCACACUCACACUCCCUGACAGUCACACACGCACACUGAUACUCACACUCCCUGACAGUCACACACGCACACUGACAGACACUCUCAAUGACACAAUCUCACCGUUUUGAAACACAGUAAGCGACAAACACUCCCGGAGAGUCACACACUCCCUAUGACAGAUACACACUCUAACUUAUUUGAAACACACGCGCACUGACAGAUACACUAACAAAUUGAUUUUAUUUCUUGUUGAUUUAUUUUUUGAUCCAGCCUCCCUACCUUUGGGAUAGCUGGUGUGGUUCCUCUCCCUGGGGUCCAGUGGGAAUCUGCUCCCUGGAGGUCUCCCUUACUGCUCCCUCACGCAUACUGAUUAGUGAUGAUGUGCCUGAUUUACAUCGUAUUCCUGCCCCGGGCAUCACCACACAGGUGAUGCAAGGGAGGAGCAGGAAGAACAGACAGCAUUCCGUGGUUACUGAACAAGCACCACUCCGGGGGGCAUUAAGGCGGCCUCUUGGCCACCUCCUGUGCCCCCAUUAAAGGCCAUUGACCCACUCCUCGUGGCGCUCCCCAUGACCUGAUGCCUGGACACGGUAAACCCCAUGCAUUUGCCCAGGAUCAGCCCUGGUUUCAGAAAUCAGAUGAUUUAAACCUUCACCUAAAACUUGUCAUGUCUCUACCUCCCCUGAGAACUGUAAUAUGGAAUAUUAAUGAUGCAGUGAAUUUAUAUUGAAUUGAUAGAAUGGUGCAUUGUUUCUUUCUGUUUUGCAGUAACAACAUGUUGUAUCCCAAGGAAGACAAAGAAAACAGAAUCCUUCUCUAUGCGGUAAUAUAGUCUUGUUUUUUUUUUUUCUCUGCAUUUCCAUACUGGGUGAUAUUUCAUAACGUGCAUACCGGCCACACAGACUGGUGAAGCAAGUGGGAGUUGUUCUAAAACAGCAGGAGGGCUGCCGUCUUGCUAUCCCAGCAAUGACUCACAGGGAAUGUUGAGUCUUCCCCAAUGGUUUUGCACAUUAAAAGUACUGUUGAUCGAAGUUGUUGCUAACUCUGGUGCUUCGCAUGUUUAUGGAUUGAAUGUUUUGAUUAUUCUCUGCAGCCUUAAGGAACACUAAACAUGAUGGGAAUUGCAGUUCUAAAAAACUAACUAGUUGAGUAUACCUUUUAAUCUACUCCUGAAUGAAUCAAUUUGCACACGUUAAUUUUGGACUGGGGUACAUUAAAAAUCAUGUUUAUUUGAUUGCACCGGCUGAAACACACUCGUGCACAAAUCUACUAAAUAGUCUUCUUUUCCAUCCGAUGUGUUUGGCUUGUACAGUCUGCCUUACAAAUUUGGUUUUCUCUGAAGGUUCUGCUCACAAAGCCAUUGAAUUUGCAAAGCGCCAAAGUCAAAUUCCACUGGAAUGCGAAUAGGACUUGGCUGUUUGGGCUAUAAUAAUAUAUUAUUUGUUUUAUUUACAGUGCCGGAAUUGUGAUUACCAGCAGGAGGCAGACAACAGCUGCAUAUACGUCAAUAAGAUUACACAUGAAGUGGAGUAAGUAGUGAUAGUGUGUGUUUAAUAUAGAAAUGGAUAUAGAUUUUAUCGUAUAAGAAAGUGUGUGUGUGUGUAUAUUAUGGAUUCUGCUGAAAUAUAGUCAUGAACCACCAGUACAAUUUAUACUUUACUGGCUUGCCAUUGUUGCUAGUUCUACCUGUGAUUAGUGUUGCUUUUUAUUGUGCAUAUUGUGACCCCACUUCAGUGGAUGAUGGUGAAUUCUUUUUCUCUGAACUGUGCGUUUAUUAACUCUGUCUUGCCAUAGUGAACUGACUCAGAUCAUCGCUGAUGUGUCUCAGGAUCCUACACUACCACGUACAGAAGACCAUCCUUGUUCCAAGUAAGUUACCCUGAAAAUGCACAACCUGGCGUUCUAUUCCGCGCAACCAAACUAUUCAAUCCAAUCUAGUCUAGUUUGCUAAUAAACCUUUUCUCUGGCAAAUAGGUGUGGACACAAAGAAGCCGUAUUCUUCCAGUCUCACAGCGCACGUGCUGAGGUAAGAUCCUGAACCGCCAAGUGCUCUUGUGUCUGUUUACACAAUUUACAGAUUCUUUCCUUUUCCUAGGAAAUAUCCUUCAGUAAAGCGUUGUUUGAUAGGUUGUCAUCUAAAUUAUUAUACAUUGUUGUAGUCUUACAUGGCACAGAAUUGAGUAGUGAGACUGCAGGGGCAAUCUGUAUACACCGAGAGUGCUUCAUUAAUCUAAAGUUGUUUUGGUGACUAUAGUGUCCCUUUUAGGAAAUAAAUAUUUAGAUCACCUUAUUGUUAAGUGCAUUUAAAGGUUAUGGUGUGAGCAAUACCCUGGCACCAUUCCCCAGUAAUGAGGCAAGCCAUUUAUCAACCGUUUGACACCGGGCGCCAAUUCUCCAGGCCUGGCUGCUGACCAGCUUCUACAGAAGCUAAAUGCUGAUCCCAGUACUCCUGCAUUAGCAGAACACGUCAGCUGAUCACUCUGAACCAAUGAAUGAACUUCUGGACAAAGAAAUAUGCAUUUUUGUUCCAGGCUGGCUAAUGACAUACCAAUGAAGCUGCUGGAGGUGGAGUUACACAUCUAUCAGCAAUAUAUAAUAUCUCAUUGUGAAUCACUGCACAUUCAAAUACAAAGCACCAAGACCACUGCAAAUCACUGAAGUGGCCGUGGUACUAACCCUUUAGGAUAAAAAAUACAUUAAAAUAAUUCUCAUGGUGCUUACCACAUCAUUUAUUUUAGCCUCCACUGGUAUUUGUGGACAUUAUCAAAGCAUUAUAAGUAGCCAUGUAAGAAUGUAUUAUUAUUUUUUCCAGUAAUAUUUUAAUUUUUUUUUCUUUGCUCUCGUUUUAGGAUGCCAUGAGAUUGUAUUAUGUUUGUACAGCGCCUCACUGUGGCCAUCGCUGGACAGAAUGAGUUUUUUGCGGAGUCAUCCAAUGUGUUCUUAGAAAUUUUAUACUGUCUGUCUUUUGAAUAAAUAUUUUUUUUUAUUUAAAGUGGUUUUCAUUUAUUGUACA